ACUGCUCUCUCGAGUGCUGGGAGCAUCCUCAAGGCGUGGCCUCGUGUGACGCACGAGAAUGAACAGCAGCGGCCAUGUGAUGUCCCAACACUGAACCCGCAAAUCUGUCCACCCUGGCCUUUGAUAUAUUGGCUUCUCCGUCAUGUAUAUACGUGCUCAUGAUCUGCGGCAUGCAGUCAGUCGGUCGGUCAGUCGGCGAAUCUCGUGACCGCAAAGACAUGUCGGAUGAUCCGACAGCAGAGACUGGGACCAACUCGACUCGGUAAGACGGAAAUGGAGCGGUAUAUAGUUCAACAUUGCCCGUGCAUUUGACAUCUUCAAUCCGACCGUAUUGUAGCGCAACGCAUCCUCUUUUAUUGUUAUACGGUGUCGAUGUCCGUAAGACCAGUAUCCAUCGAGGUUCAGUCACGAGUCGCCGCUCACUUUACCAGGUUGCUGCUAAAGUCCUGGACACCGACGCCGACAAGAGCGACAAGGGCUGCCCCUCAUGAAUGCGUCAUGAAGUUAUCGGACUAUCAUCUCAGCUUCGCCAUAAAACAACAGUACGCAGCACGGAACCAAGAGUACGAGCGCAAUUCCGUGUCGUACAUCUCGGUUUCACGACAAUUACGAGGUUUGCUCUUAUCCAGACGCGCAAAGUUUGCAUUCAAGAGACUAUCGAUUGGCCACAGACGUCGAAAACUUGAUCUGUAAGGAGGACAAGUGAACAGAAAACAGACAUGGGAACACAAUAAUAAGUUUGUCACAACAAAAUCGUUCCGGUGAGUAUUAAGCACAAAGCCCAUAGCCAACUUUCGUGUAAUUUCUUUCGAGAUAUGUUGCUGGAUAGUGUGCAUAACUGAAAGGCAUCUGAGUAUUCCCUUCAAUAAAAACGUGAACUAUAUUUUGCACUUUUCUCUUACCUCGAUACUGACCAGAGUCGCAAGGGGUGCGAUUGGGAAUAAAUACUCGAAUCAAGCAACGGCAAAAGCCCACAAAAGAGCAGUAGAAAAUCGAGCGCAAUCGCAGUUUUAGUUCCUUCAGUACAGCAAUUUAUUCAUCCAAUGAGGAAAAGAUAUUUGGAUCUAUUUUGAUCGGUACUCCAUUCUGGUGCGCAUCAUGUGGUGGCCGUUUGUGAACCGAGCCACUGUUUUCCGUAUGAUCAUUUAGUGCAGUCAAAAAUAGCUACUCUUGAAAGCUCCCCCUGAUCCGUCCCACAACCUGGUGAAUCUCGUGAUUCUGUGGGCAAGUGGAGGUCGAUGGUGGAGAGUUCACGUAGUUGAAAGUCGAUCUUCCGAAAGUCAUGGAUCGCCACAUUCAGCCCGUUUCAAGUUUGGAGAAGAAGACAAACUGGCGAAGUGUUCAUGCAAAUUGCAGUACAAAAACUGGCCAGUUGGGCAUAUCGACCGAGAAACUAGUGGAGGCCAUCCACCAACCGAGUCAGGUGACAGUUUCUAGCGAGCCGCUGAAGUACAGGCGUCGUCGUCCCACGAGGAUCUCGACUCGCUGGGAGCCUCUGCUAUUGCUGCUGCUGGGGCCUCAGAUUCAGGCUUCACCUGAUCCUGCUUCGUGCUCCUAUUUUGGAGUGAUUCGGCCCAAGAAUGCGAAUGGUGGAGAGUGUUGUGAUUCCUGGACGCAGGUCAGGUUAGGCCGCUUGAUGUGAUGUGAUUUUUCCUGCCACCAGUUCAUAAGUCAGUUCUGUGCAAGUUUCAGAUUGGUCACUUAUGUUCUAUCUUGAAUUGGAUGGUUCCUUCAUUAAUACACGUGAACUGGGUUUAAUGCAUUGGUGAAGUCCAUAGCGCGUACGGUCAGGUCAAUGAUGAUGCUGGGCGAUGUAUAAUCGAAUAAAUCUUCCCAAAUUUGACUCUAUGAUUCCAGUCAAUUUCAGUUUGUCCAAGCGUUACACGGGAUAGUAACUCCUCUGCUCGACACAUGCUUCUGAGCUAUAAUGGUGAUUUCCGUUCGAAUUUUACACAGAGCGUGCUCGUGUACAAUUUCUAGCGCAGCAGCCGGGCCAGCCGAGAUUGGGAAUUGAUUCCUGUUCCCGAUGAACUGCCACGGCCGUGAGUACUAUAGGACAUAAUGUGAUGCUAAGUAAUUUGAAGAAAGCCAGCAUCUGUCGGGGAGACCAGUUGAAAGGGAAAGGAAAGAAUGUCUAUCGUUAUCUCAGCUUUGCCUUGACAGUACAAGGGGCUGACGAAAAUGCAAUGCGAACGCUCAUCCGAGAGAC